AUGGAACACGCUUCCACUUAUUUAGCUGAAUUAAUUUAUGAUGAUAAUCAAGUAAAUGAACUUCAUAAUGAAUUUACUAAAUUUAUUGAACUUAAUGAAAUUGAUAAUUGUUUAUCACGAACAGCAAGUCGACGUUACGAAUCUGUCAAAGACUAUUUUAUAGACGUAUACAGAACAUUCAUUACUACAACAAUUGAAGAAUUAGGAAGAAGAUUUAAUGUACAUCAAAAGCUUGCUAUGAGUAUCGCAAAUUUAAUCCCAUUGUAUUUUGUUAAUACUGACUUUUCCAAUGUUUCAUCAUUAUUUCAACAUUAUAAAGAUGAUUUACAGACCGAUAAUCCGAAUAUACACAAAGUCGAGUUUGACACAUGGAAAUAUCAUGUUCGUCAAAUGAAAGAAAAUGAAAGGCCAAGUAUUAUAGUGGAAACAUUGAAAAUUAUGCAACCUGUUAAAUCUUUUUUUCCAAAUAUUUAUAUCUUAAUACAGAUUUAUGCACUUAUUCCGGUAUCCGUGGCAGGUGCAGAACGUUCAUUUUCAGUUCUCAAAUUAAUCAAAACAAAAUUACGUAAUCGAACAGGCGGUGAACGACUUAGUGAUUUAGCAGUUAUAAAUAUCCAUAAAAAUAUUGCUGAAGAAUUAAAUAUUGAAAAUGUAAUUGACGAAUUUGCUAAAUCAAGUCGGAAAAAAAUUUUAGCAAUGGAGUUUAAUUUCUUGUCUUAA